AACGCCAUUGUCAAACUUCUAGACUUACAGGAAGGCGGCGCUGAACGUCCGACGUUGUAUACGUUUUCGCGUUGAAAACUUCAGCCGCAACCUCUCUAUUUACUUACAAAGAUAAAGAGCAAGUACCCUGGCUUCCUCCCUGUUACGAUACGUAUAAAUUCAUGAUUAAAUUCAAAAUAUUGUAAUUAAAAUAUCGUUGAGUUCGGUGAUAAUUUCGCAUUAAGAAUAGAUAUAAUAAUAGUAGGCAGAAUUUAUAAUGAAUGUUUAUUUUUAACGAUAAUGAGAGAUUGUGCGAUAAUAAAAUUGCUGAUGAAGUUCCUUUGUAAAUGAAUGGAAUAAAUCUUUACGUAAAGGAACAUGUACUGUACAAAAUCUCGAAUAACAGCGUUAGAAUAAAAGUGGAUAGUGACAAAUUGUGCAAUAAGAGAUGUGGACAUAUAGCCUAAUAUAUAAGAAACUUAACAUGUAACUUGCAUCAUACAUUAUUUUGGUUAAGCUAUAUGAAAAUGUCUAAUGCUUGGAAAAUAAUUUUACUUGUCUGUGGAAUAAAUAAUAUUUUUGGAAAAGAAAUCCACACAAGCGAAGAAAAUUGCGAGAAGAAUGAAAUAUACAUGAAAUCUGGAUGUGAACAAUUAUGCGACAAUAUCUUAAAGGGUCCUCCAUUUUGUUCAAAUAACGAAACACGCAAAGGUUGCUUUUGUAAAACAGGAUUUGUAAGAAAUUCUUCAGAUCAUCAGUUACAGAAAGAACGUAAUCAAUGUAUAUCAAUUGAGGAAUGCGGCAUUCGUGUUUGUACACACUCCAAUACAGAAUUAAAUUUUGAAGGCCGUAUAAAUUUCUGUACAAAGGAUGGUAUUGUGGGGAGUAUUAAGUAUCCGCUUGGAUUUCUUUCAAUUUGUAAUUGCAAAAGGGGAUUUGUUUGGAAAGACUAUAUUUGUAUACCCGAAACUGAGUGUAGACUUUUCAUUUGUUUCAGAAAAUCUUUANUUGAAAAUAUUUUUUUUCAACCAAAAUCGUAG